GCCAUAAAUGUCAAUCUCCACCCUGACAGAAAGCUCUUACUAAUUAUACCCUCAAGAGUUCUGUAGCUUGCCUGUCUCCUGACACAACAUUCUACCUUUCCAAGUGGACACAGCAGGCUGGAGACAUGCACCAAGGUCUAGGCUUCUCUGAACUUCCCUUCCCUUUUCUUUCCAUCAACAAACAUCUCCCGUUCUGGACCUAUUUUUCUGACGCCAGCUUGUCUCUGAAACCAGGGACUCACCGUGUAGCAAAGUUUUGCGCAAGACAAUACAACAGAACAAUACACUGCUCCUCAUGGCUGCUUUGACAGUUUUCCGCGAUCUGUCACAAUUGAACAAUCAAAUUUGUACCUCACUGUCUCUUUUACGUCAGGCACUGGAGAAAGUGGCAAGAGCACAUUCAUCAAACAGAUGAGAAUCAUCCAUGGGUCUGGGUACUCAGAGGAAGACAGAAAAGCCUUUGCAAAGUUGGUCUUUCAGAACAUUAUCACUGCAGUACAGUCCAUUGUGAGAGCUAUGGACACGUUGAAUAUACAAUAUCAGCUGCCGGAGAAUAAGGAAAAUUCUCAGGUAAUAAAGGAUUUAGAAGCUUAUAAGAUCACUACUCUUGAAAAGAACCAUGCAGAUGCGAUUAAAAGCUUAUGGAAUGAUCCAGGAGUGAGAAUGUGUUAUGAACGACGACGAGAGUACCAGUUGCUUGACUCUACAAAUUAUUACCUGACUGAUAUUGAUCGUAUUGCAGCCAGUGAUUACAUACCAACAGAUCAAGAUGUCUUGAGGGUUCGAGUACCAACAACAGGCAUCAAUGAGUAUUCAUUUAACAUGCAUCAAGUAUCCUUAAGAAUUGUGGAUGUUGGAGGACAGAAGUCUGAGAGGAGGAAAUGGAUCCACUGCUUCGAGAAUGUCAUAUCGGUUAUAUUCCUGGCCUCUCUCAGUGAAUAUGAUCAAGUCCUAGAAGAGAGUGAGAAUGAGAAUCGAAUGAAGGAGAGUCUCGCCCUUUUUCAUUUUAUUUUGAAGUCUGUCUGCUUUGUGAAUUCAUCAAUGAUUCUUUUCUUGAAUAAAAAGGAUAUUUUGGAAGAAAAGAUUCUUAGAUCACAUUUAGGAGACUAUUUUCAUGAAUUUGAUGGAUGUGUGCAUUACUGGCUAAGCCAGCAUUCAUUAGCAGAUUCAACGCAUUAUGCAGAUGAUGACCCACUGCAACAGCUCAAAAAGAUCAUCAUUAAUGAGUGUCUUGAACGCAUCCAAAAGGUCCCAAGAUGGUAUAUUCAUUCUGAAUCAUUCAGAGAUGAAGUAGGACUCUCCAGGAAUGUCAUCUCCAAAGGUAAAGAGGUCAUAAUUCUGCAAGCUCUACAACAAGCAAGAUAG